AUGUCAUUAUCCGGAACAUCCCUCGCUAGAGCUUUGAUAAGACCUACAAACCCACCUAUCCUUCCUAUCCCUUCACGUCGAGCGGGAAACAACGUCCCUAAAUCCUUACAUAAAACUCGAAGAGGUUGGAAACCCAAUACGACUCGAGCCGAUUGGCCAAUAAGUUUACUCGAAACUGCUCUUAGAUCCACUACCCUUUCUUACCCUGCACCUAUAUACUUGGGUCGGACGACACCUACCACACCACUGAUCGCAACCAACGAAAGUAAACCAAUCCAAUCCCCUCUUCAUUCUGUUCGAAUGAUAACGGAUGGUAGGACUCAAGAUCACGCGAUCGGAUCUAUGAAAGAAACGAGCAGAAAAGUGGAGAAUAUGAAGAAAGAUGAAGAAAAGGGUUUGAUCAUCAAGUCGGAGUCGGGAGAGGAUAAGAGGGUCGCUGCGAAACAGGAAAACUUGGAGAUCGGACAUGUGAUACGAGAUGAGAUGAAAGUUAAAGAAGGAAGGAUGAAUAUGUUGAAAGGGGUUAAGAUGCAGACUAGAAGAUUGAAGGAUGUUGAGAAAGCUGGUGGGUUGGAAGGUUUAUUGCUCUCUCGACCUAGCAAACAUUUCACACCAUUCGGACGUAGACUUCGAUAUAAGCUCUUCCAGGAGCUCGAACGUAUUGCCGACUCCCGCCGAAUACCAAUCCCCGUCACUCCAGACAUCUCAAGUUAA